UCAAUUCACCAGAUAAAGGAUACAGAUCACGCACUGAUAUCAACUUUUUCACCACCUUUCCGAAUAAUGACUGAAUUGUUCCCGACCGUGUCACCAGCCUCCUACCUUCGGUGUUGGGUCCAUGGUUGGUUCCGCUGGAAUCGUUCGUUACGGUUGGCCGCCGGUGGAGGCUACGCGUUUGGUGCGGCAAUCUCUCGCAGCCUGCUUGGUCCACCUAAAGAUGAGCCAGUAAAAGAACUCCAUCGAACUAAAACCAGCACCUCACCCUACAUAGGUUGGAUGUACGACAAAGCCGUAGACGCCGCAGAAUCUCUUUUUGAUGAGAACUUUUCGGACUAUUUUUUGAAUUCUAUUUCUGUAGCUCCUUUGAUCCGACUGGUUUCCGACUGGGAGUUCUUGCCAGAUCUAGCCUCUCAACCCUAG